GCACUUCGAUCGCUUCUUGAUGUCCCUCUGUCAGGACCAGGGGCUGGAUAUUCUAGCUGCAUUGUCGAUGUUGAAUCGUCUCAGCAACACUGAUUUGGGAGAAAUAUUGAACGAUGAUGGAAGAUUCGAGGAAGUUGUCAAUGACAUAAAACAGUUGAAACAAUUGGAAUCUGAAAAGAAAGUUCUGAUCGCUGGAAAUCUUUCUCUGGCCGAAGUCAAUCUAGCAAAGCAACUCCAACUCGAGGAGAAUAAAAGAGCAUUACAUGAACUGUCUGAGAAAGGCUGUGAGCUGCUGCGGAAAUUGAAGAAGAAUCAAAAUAGCUGAGAAGUUCUUAUUCCGAGAUACAGAAGUCGAUGAAUUCCUGGAUCAAUUCUGGACCCGAAGAAAGAUAAUGCAUUUACGAAAGGUGAAGGUAGACAAAAUGCGAGAGAUUAAGAGGAAACCGAAAUCGUCAACAGGAGCUUAUCCAGCAGUGAACACCUUUCACCGCCCAAGUUUUCUUAAAGCUAUUUCCAUAAUGUGGAUCAAAAUAAUUCCGACGAUAGCCCUCAUCUCAGACAACAAGACAAAAGACAAAAAUCGUUGGAAAUUGCGACGAUUUUUCCGCAGAGAUGAUAGAGUGGAGAAUAUCCCAGUCGAGUGCAAUAUCAUACACUGGUGACCUGUUGAAUCCACCAGAGAAAAGAAGCCGUCUAAUCUACUCUUUGGAAACAAGAAAUCAAAAACAAUUCGAGGCAGAACUAAUUCUGACGACAGUGGUUCUGAUAACGAAUGAUUUAUUCUCAUUCGAUCGAAUUUUCCUAGUUAUUCUCAUACCUUUUUGUAUUAUUAUUAUUUUUUUUACGUCACACA